AUGGAUUCAAUUGUGCAGGUGGCAUUCGGACUGAAAAUUGACUCACUCACUGAGAAGAAUCACCCAGUCAUCACCAAUGCACAUCGUCUCUUCUCUGCAGACUUUUCAAUCAGAAAUUUACUAAUUGUUGCCUCCUUAUUGUUAGUUCCCAAAAUUGCCAAACUUCUGGGCCUCCGAUUCAAUGGAGAGUCAAUUGAUUAUUUCAGUGAGUUCUCGACAAAAAUUCUCAAAGAUAAACGGGCAGCAUACACCAAAGAAAAAGAAGGCAAAGCAAGCAACUUUAUUGAGUUGAUGCUUGAAGCAGAAGUAGAUUUGCAAAACAAUAAUGAACAUGAAAAAUCUAAAUCUGGAUACGACACAAGUGCCAGCGCAAUUUCGAUGGCUGUUUACCAACUGGCAAAACAUUCUCAGGCUCAAGAAAAACUUUACGAUGAGAUUGUUCAGAUGCUGGCAAAACUACAAGAAGAGGCUCCACCAGGAUCGUCUCUCGAUCCUAUUGAUCUGAUAAGCAUUGACAGUUUAUCACGUUUUCCUUACCUCAAUGCCGUUCUCAAUGAGUCAAUGCGCAUUUACCCACCGGCAACAUUCACCGAACGACAGGCCUCAAGAGACAUGCUCCUUCAGACGGCCGAUGGUCGAGUGAGCUUUGAAGUGAAAGAAGGAGAUGUCAUUCAGUUUCCGAUUUUUGCCAUGCAUCAUGAUGCGAACCAAUUUCCAGAAACUGAUUCUUUCAAACCAGAACGUUUUCUUAAUCCCACACACCACAAAUACGCUUUCAUACCGUUUGGAAGUGGUCCAAG